AACAUGAAAUAUGGCUGGUGGCGGGAGGAAUGGCACUAGCAACAACAACCGUGCUGUUGAAGCAAGAUACCAGCCGAAGCACCCUUUCCUGUCAGGAGGAAUUGCUGGGGGCCUCGAAAUAUGCUUGACUUUUCCAUUCGAGUAUGUCAAGGUACAACUCCAGCUACAAGAGAAGGGUAAAGGCACGCCUCAAUUCAAGGGCCCCCUUCAUUGUGCUACCCAGACUCUGCGACAUAGCGGGAUACUCGGCCUGUACGUUGGUCUCCCGCCGUGGCUUACGUUUGCCCUGCCCCGGUCCGCGAUACGUUUCACCACGUUUGAGCGCGUCUCGGAGUGGCUGCAGGAGGGCCAGGGUAAACUUGACGCCGUCAAUGCUCUCGCGGCAGGCACAGUGGCCGGCGCCAUUGAGUCGGCCACCUGCCUCACUCCCCUCCAGAACAUCCAGAUCAAGAUGAUGCAGAUGGACAGAGGCUUCGUGUACGCCUUGGGCGAGAUCCUCCGCCGAGAGGGGCUCAGGAACGGGUUCUUCAGUGGCCUGUGGCCGACGGUGGUGAAGGGCGCGGUGAACAACUGCAUCCGGUUCGGCCUGUACAACGAGACGGCGGCGGCCCUCCGACGGUCCUGCGGAGACUCGCCCGACGAGGCGCUCGCUGCGGGAGCGGUGUUCGGUAUUGGGGCGGCAGCUGGGGCUGUCAGCGCGGUCGUGACGCAUCCGAUCGACACGGUCAAAUCCAACCUUCAAGGCCUGUCCGCGGGCAAGUACUCGGGAAGCCUUGACUGCGCCAGGAAGAUCAUAGCGUCGUCUGGAGUAAGCGGUCUCUUCCGCGGGCUCUCCCCCCGAAUAUGCAGGGUGUGCCUGGAGAUCGGCCUACAGUUCAGCCUAUACGACUCGAUCUGCAGGUGCUUGUAA